AUGGCAAAGAUUUAUCCAGAUGAGAGGGAAUUGAUAAAACAGAUAGUAGAAAGCUUGAUUGAUCAACAUUUGAAUUAUCACCAUCAUAUUGUAACAGUGAGCAAGGAUGUAGAGGAUCAAAAGUUAGCGUUUAUCUUGUUCUGCUGUUUGAAUGUGUGAACGUGAAAAAGGAUUCAAUAUUAGAUGGCUUUUGGUGCCGUACUGACAGUGUUUACAUUGCUGAAAAUGAAUAAUAAUAACAAAAAGAAUAGAGAAAAGAAUAACGCAAGAGUGUGUCGUUCAUUUUGCUAUUAAAGCAAAUACAUAACAUUACUGUUUAUUAUAGAUAUUUCAGCAAAUGAAUUUUGUAGAAUUGAAAAUUGCUGUGAACUUCAGCAAAGGACAUUCUUGCAUACCAACAUAAUAUGAUUAAUAUAACAAUUA